AUGGCAGGAAAGGAGAACUGCGCCCCUCGCCUUACUCGGGCUGCCGCCAAGAGAACCGCCCUCGCUCCUGCCUCGAAUCGCCCAGUCAAGAAGAAGAAGCGCGUCGCUCUGGGCGAGCUCACUCCUGCCUCCAAUGCCGUCACCGACCUCAUAGCCGAUCUCUCCACUCCGCCCAUUUCCAAGCCCAUACCGAAGCCUGGGAAGAAGGAACAGAAGAAGACUACUCCGGGGCCUGAGGUCCAUGACCCUCAGCUUUGCGCCGAUUACGCUCCUGAUAUCUACCAGUAUCUCAGAUCUAAGGAGCUUGGGACGAAGAGGAUGCUCGUGGCGAACUACAUGGAGACGGUUCAAAAGGACGUCACGGCCAACAUGAGGGCGAUUUUGGUGGAUUGGCUCGUCGAAGUGGCAGAGGAAUAUAAGCUGGUAUCCGAUACCAUUUACCUCGCCGUCUCGUACAUCGAUCGAUUCCUUUCCGUCAAUCCCACAAACCGGCACAGAUUGCAGCUCCUCGGCGUCUCCUCCAUGCUCAUCGCCUCGAAAUACGAAGAGAUAACUCCACCCAAUGUGGAAGAUUUCUGCUACAUCACCGAUAACACCUACACCAAGCAAGAGGUGGUCAGAAUGGAGAGCGAAGUCCUCAACUGCCUCAAGUUCGAGUUGGGCAGUUCUACCAUCAAAACCUUCUUGAGGCGCUUUGCCAAGGCUGGUGAAGAAGAUGACAAAGUGAGUGUUUACUCCUCCCUCCUGAAUUGGAUUUUCCCAAAAUGGCUUUGUUGCUUAUGUUCGUCCCACUUCUUGCAGUACCCGCCUCUCCAAUUAGAGUUCUUGUGCUGUUAUCUUGCUGAACUAAGCUUGCUGGAUUACUGCUGCCUUCACUUUUUGCCAUCUGUGGUUGCUGCUGCUGCUGUAUUCGUUUCCAGAUACACCAUCGAUCCCAAAAGCCAACCUUGGAACAAGAAAUUGAAAGAGUGCAGUGGAUAUAAAUUGGUCGAUCUCAAGGAUUGCAUCCAAGCCCUGCUUGAUCUGCAGUUGAGGAAGAAAGCACCCAACUUGGUGGCUAUCAGAGAUAAGUACCAACAUCACAGGUUCAAAUGCGUAUCUGCAUUGGCUCCUCCUCCUGAGAUACCUGCAAUCUAUUUUGAUGAGCCCAGGGAGUUGUAGCACGCCAUUGCCGGCUCCUUGUUAUUGGUCGAGCUGCAACACUUGGAGCUCUACAAAUUUUGCUAAUGUAUUGAUUGUGGCCUUUCUGGAUUGUCACCAACAACUAAUCUUGAGAAGAGAUCACAUAACUGUAGCUUUGUUUUUUUAACUUUAAGAGAUGCUUUUGUAUGGAUAACAGAGGUCGCACUUGAUCUCAGCGUUUAACA